AUGUUUUUCAAAUGGAUUUAUCGUUACAUCCUUGUAAUGAAAUUUUAUGUGAGCAUGGGUAUGGCAAGGUGUGGACCAGGAUACUUAAGACAUGACUGUAAUAUACCUUGCCGUUAUCCAAGCUACGGCAUAUAUUGCCAAUCUGGAUGCUUUUGUCCUAUAGAACAGUGUGAUCAUAUCCUAGGAUGUAAUCAAACACAUGUCUUUUCAGAUACCACUGUUGCAGAUGACUCUGUACGUGUACGGGAGACCACAUACACAUUUUUACCCAAAAUAUUUUAUGCCACAUACACCAAUAUUUCUGAGGACCAGGAAGCUCCAAACUACAAAUCCAUUUGGACAGGUCUGAGUAUGGCACAAAAAUGCAUGUUGAUCAGUAGCUGUGUCAUCGGGACUGUCUUCUUUCUAAUGCUUGGUAUUUACAUAACAUGGAAAGCAAAAGAGUCUGCACUGGUUCGUUUGUAUAGAUCCAAAUGGAAAUUCAGGGGGAGACGUUCAAAGACAGUCACUUGUACUUUGUAAUUAAAUUUGCUUCUGAAAUAA